CCGCGGCGCGCAGCGCGCUCGUCCAAGAUCGCCAGCUGCCCCCGCGCGCGUACCCACCGGGCUCCAGGAGCAAGCCGGGGGCGCCUAGGAAACCGUCGCCAGACGCCGCCGCCGCUGCCCUCUGGACGCCGCUGCGCUCCGGGUUUUUCUCUCCUUUUUUUUCCAAUCCUGAUGGGAAGGAAGGUGACCGCCUACUUCGCAUUCAUCAACUCUCAUCACAACAACAAAAAUCCUGGCGCAAAGGGCGGCCAGCAGGCGCAAUCGGUGGCGAGGGGCGGCGGGCGAUAACCCCCAGGCGGACGUCCACCCCCGGGCGCAGCGUGCGGACACGGGGCCGGGGGCGCUGACCAAAGAUGUCCUCGGAUGCCGGCCCGGUGUCCUUCGCCCUCCUCCUCCUCCCGGAGUGGCGCAGUGAGGCGCGGGCACGGCGCCCCAGCCAGCGGCAGCAGGAGGAGGAAAGCGCAGAGAAAAGGAAAGGAAGGACGGAAGCGGCGCGGGCCGCUGCUCCGGUGCCCUCCGGCUGCGCAGGAGCGAGGCGGGAGGCGAGAUACUUCUCACUACAAAUCGGCUCUCUCCAGGGAUUAGCGGCUAUGCGAAAGUGCACACUGGCGCUGCGGGCAGCCGAGGGGGCCGGGCAAAGCCGGCACUCCCCGGCCCAGCCCCACCGCACCCUAGAGGCUCUGGGGAGGCGCGGGGGUCCCGAGGCCGGUGCGGUGACUCCACCCGCCCUCGCCUUCCUUCCUCCUCCGCCCCUUCCACGUGGGGCCCGCCACGUGGGGAGACGCGAGCUCCGGCGGGCCUCGCCGCGGUCCCCCGGGUGGCCCCGGCUGGGUAGGGCCCCCACCACGCCCGCGCAGCAGACCUGCCCUCUACUCCGCCCCGAGGCUCCAACUUCCUCCUGGGCCCUGCGCAGGCCACCGGUGCCGUCCCAGGCCCGCGAGGUCAGGCGCGGGCCGGCCACAGGGGGCACUUGCGUUCCCUGAUCCCAGAUCCCAGAUCCCGGAGCCCGUGCCGGCUGUGGGUGCGCGCGGAGACUGGUCUGUGUGCUGGAACUUGCCGCGGUGUGUUCGCUACGAGAAGCCAAAUGUUUUUACACAUUUAAAAAAAUUGUCUUUCUGCUGUCUGGAUGUCGCUGGGACUAUUUUGAAAGCCUUGCCUUGGGACGGAUCCCCAGCCUCACUGAGUCCUGAGGGUCGCACCCGCGGUGCCCUUUCACGGGUCCACAAGUAUCUCGGUGUUCAGCGAUUGGAAUCUGGACACCGAACGACGAUGGGGCACUGCGGCCGCGAGAGACUAGACAGCAUCUGGGCUGAAUUCCUUGGCCAUGACCGGCGACAUCCGAGCGCUGUCCCCGGAAGGGAGCCAGCUCCUUGCGCCUAGGGCCUCCCAAGCUUCCUAACCAGACUUUAGGCAAGCGGCUUCUAAGGACCCCUGUAGCGCUGAGCUGAGCCCUUGGGUGCAAUUGUUUUUAAAUCUUUUGGAUGCUAGCGAUUGGAUUGAGAUGUUGGACUGUAUAAUCUAGAGGAGGGGUCUAAUGUCAUGAUUUUGAAGGUCACAGAGACCGCCAUUCAGAGAGCCACUUCGAGUGGUGUGGCCUUCUAAGGACCGGAGAAAUUUCUAGCGGACAUGAGCCGCGUGAGGCCUCCGAGCUCCUGAACCCAUCGCUGUGCGUUAUGGAGAGCACUUUAUCUCGUCCUGUUUGCUAAAGUGCACACCCAGAUGCUGCCUGCAAGACUGGCAAUGUGGGGUUCCUAUGGUUGUGGCAUAGUCAAACUGGUUUUAAAACUAAUUUACAAACCUUUUCUGAAUGGCAACGCGGGAAUAGUCCCUCCCAAACACACUUAUCAUGGUUUUAGGUGCCCCUAAUAGGCCUGGGGCUGGUCAGUCACGAAGUAGCUCACCAUCUUGAUGUCCUGUGAGAGAAUUCACAGGUGUGCACCCACCCCAACCCUUCCAUCUUUCAGGGCUUUGUGUUCUCAUAAAUUGCUCUAAAGAAUCCACUGUUUCCCCAGCAGCUUCCCCCCAAGGUCGUGGGGCCCAAGACCUGCUUGUAAACUGACCUCGUCGCAUACCCCAGGCUCCUGUGCCACUAGUUCCUGCUUUAUGAGUUUCUUGGUCCUAAACUGUGGUAGUGAAGGCUCCUGCGUCUUGUUUCUCAGAUCUUUGCCCUUCGCGGCCCUCUCUUCUUACCGAGAAACCACAGCCAGCUGGCUUUUCUUAUUGCUUGUUCAGCUUUCCUCCGGUCUAAUUUUGAAUUCCACUUGAGAAAAAUACCAUGGUUGGUCCUGCAGGGUGGCGCAGCGUGCAAGGGUGCUGCCAAGCCUGAGGAUCUGAGUUCAAUCCCAACGCUUAG